GUAUCAUUCAUUCCUCUCGCUUCGAGUACUCGGUGUGAUCACAUUGGGACCGUCCAAAGUCUUAUAGCAAUCGCUUUUUGGCGGUGUGAUGAAGAAUGAUGAUAAUUAUGGAUAUCAGACAGGGUCUGUAGAGCAUCUCUCUCUUCCUGAAGUUACCAUCUCUGCCUUUAUUGAGACGGGCCAACCGGAAUCAUCGAUCAUCGUUCCAAAGCAACGGGCGUACACCGGUAAUGCGCCCGUGAUAUCAUCCCGCCUUGCUGACACACCCUGCGCUACCCUCGGCGUUCAGGGCCUCUUGGAUCAACUCAAUAGCAUACUUGGAACAUCGCACCCCUUGGAUACUCCAUCCCUCUCCUCCCUUCUUAAAGACUGUAUCACAAAUGACUACGACUUUGGCAUGGCAUACGGUCGCCUUCGCCGAAUAUGGUACACCCACAACUGGAGCACUAAACAAGCUGAAGUUUGUAAAUGGGGAGAGGAGGACCGGGAGAUGCGACAACAAGUGCUCGUUGCUAACCAGAUCAUCAAUCCGCAUUUGCCACCUCGACGUGUCUGGGAUCUGUACAGCAAUCGGGUGGUGCCAUGGUGGAUCAUGGUCAUUGAUGACAAAUGGACCCAGCAGCGUCGGCCGAUAUCGCACGCAUGGAUGGAUGAGAAGGAUCGCGCCGACGUGUGGACGUCCAUCAACGGAUAUGAAUGGCCCGUUCCCAUCCCGAAGGAUGCUAACCUCAAACUAAUCCGCAUCGAGAUGCUCAAUCUCGGACUGGAGUACACAUGGUUGGACGUUCUCUGUUUGAGACAGAUGGGUGGACCGGGGGAGGAUGUGCGCACGGAAGAGUGGAAGCUGGAUGUGCCCACUAUCGGAGCAGUGUAUGACGAGGCCCAUGUGGUGAUUUACUUGAGUGGGCUGGGUCGGCCUUUGACUUUGAAGGAGGGUGACUUGGAGAGUGAUCGGUCCUGGUUUAGACGUGCAUGGACACUACAGGAGACUGGCAACAGCAGGGAGAUUGCUGGGGAUACCCCGGACGGACCAAUGCAUGCCGAGUGUAAGGACGGGAAGUAUGAGACUGAGCUAUUGACCAGGUUUCACAAGCAGUUGCAGCCUGUGCAGGACAUGUCAUCUUUGGUGCUUCCAGCACUGGAGGAGAUGCGGAGUCGGGUGUCGACGAACCCGGUGGACAAAGUCGCAGGACUGGCAUUUGUCCUCUGGCCCGAGAAGAUACCGGCAUACUAUGAGAGCCAAUCUCUUGAGGAGGUAUGGACAGCGCUUGUGAAUUCGAUGAAUAAGCGACUUCGGGGGCUGUUGUUCUCCUUGUAUCCUGUACCGGGAAACUCGGGUAAAAAAUGGAGGCCAUCGUGA